AUGGGGAUCGUGCAAUUUCCACAGGAGUGCAUGAAAGUCUCUCCAAAUGCGGAUCAAUCCAAGUACUGCAGAUUCCAUAGGCAGGUGGGCCAUGAUACCGACGAAUGCAACGUGUUAAAACGCCAGAUUGAGGAACUCAUCCAGAGGGGAUAUUUCAGACAGUUCAUCAAACGGUCAGACCAGCAAAAGUCAGGCCAAAAGUCAAGCCAGCAACAACCUCCGCGGAAUCCACCAAAAAACGUUUGGAAAAAGGAUGACAACUCCGAGCCGUCAUUCUCGAGUGGUAAGAAAAGGGAGCACGACCAAGUUACAGUAACAGAUCUCUCUGACAAAGACACAGAAGAGCCCAGGAAACACAAGAAGCAGACCAUACACUUCAUCUACGGAGGUCCUGCAGGCGGAGACACACAAGCAGAGAGGAAGAAGUGGAGUCGCCAGUUAUAUGUAGGUGAGGUGGUCAGCCUUCCAAAGGGAAAAAAGCAGAGGAGGGAAGCCAUUACCUUCUCUGACGAUGACCUCCCAGAAGGUCCACUACCGCACCAAGAUGCGUUGGUAAUCAAGAUGGAGAUCAACAACAGCAUCAUGCAUCGCAUACUCGUAGAUACCGGAAGCUCAGUCAACGUGAUGUACUACGACGCUUUCACCAAACUGGGACUGCCCAGAAAUCAACUCAAAGAGGUACGGACUCCACUUUCUGGUUUUACUGGGGAUUCAAUAGAGAUGGAGGGAUCCGUGGUACUACCAGUAGAGAUAGGUGUGAGCCCCAACACCUCCAGAAUCAACAUGGAGUUCAUCGUUGUGAAACUCACAUGUGCCCAUAACAUCAUACUGGGGAGGCCAGCUCUGGAAGAUUUGAAGGCGAUAAUUUCGAUGGAGCACCUGUGCAUGAAGUUUCCCACGCCAUACGGGAUAGGAGUUGCGAGAGGAGAUCAAAGAGCAGCUCGUAGCUGCUACGUCAAAGCGUGCAAGAAAAUUGGACAGAGAGGUCUGCAAGUCCACACCAUCGCAGAAAAAGUGCUGAGAGAAGAGGAGGGCUGGCCCCGCACCGAGCCUGCAUCUGAAACAGAAGACGUGGUGGUCGAUCCUACACGAAAAUUUUAUCAGUAG